AGUAUGUCUUGGCCUUUUUAACAGGAUAACAUCUUAAAAUUUGUAAAAAAAUUUGUAUAAAAUUAAAACAUUCUUGGACACAAUAUUUUGGUUUUGGAAAUUCGUUAAACUUAAUGCUUUUGGCCUUAUUUGGAAUUGCAUUCUAAAAGAUUGAUUAUGACAAAAAACCCUAAAGUAUGCAUCAUAGGGUCGGAAGGCUGGGGAUCAGCAAUCGCAACUGCUGUAUGCAGAAAUGUGGGCAAAUUUGGAUUUGAUCCCCAAGUGAACAUCUACGUGUACGAUGAGAUUGUGAGAAACAACUACCUCUCCGAGGUUAUGAAUGAAAGACAUGAGAAUAUUAAAUAUUUACCUGGAAUAAAUCUGCCCGAUAACUUGGUUGCAGUCAAUGACCUUAUCGAUGCUGCUCGCGACGCCGACAUACUGAUUUUUGCCACGCCGCAUAGCUUCUUGAAAGCAUAUUGUAAUAUAUUAAGUGAAAAUGUGAAACCGGACGCCUAUGCCGUCUCGCUAAUAAAGGGACUCGAGCACAUUAAAGAUGGAGAAAUUGAUCUUUAUUCGCACGCCAUAUCCAAGCAGUUGGGUAUACCGUGCUAUUCAAUGAUGAAUGCCAAUAGUGCUAUGGAAAUGGCACAGGGUAAACUCUGUGAGAUGACUAUUGGCUGCAACAACGAAAAACAUGCGAGUGAAUUGACCAAAUUGAUUCAGACCGAAAAUUGCAUGGUUUUUGUCAUAGACGAUAUUGAUGGGGUGGAACUGUGCAAUACCCUGAAGGAUUUAGUGGCGCUCAGUGCCGGCUUCAUUGAUGGCUUGCGAUUGGGCGAUAAUGCCCGUGUCGCUUGCCUCCACCUGGGCUUAAAAGAAAUGAUGCGUUUCAUCAAGAAUUUCAAUCCAACAACGAAAGUGUCUACACUAUUCGAAAGCUGUGGUCUAGCGAAUUCCGUGGCAUCCUCUUAUUGUGAUAAGAACGUUACAUUCGCCAAGAAUUUGGUUACUUCACGAAAAACAAUACCAGAAAUUGAGGCAAAUCUUCUUAGUGGUCGCAAAUUGCUUGGUCCCAUCAUUGCAGAAGAGGUAUUUUGCUAUUUGGAAAAGUCGAAUUUGCACAAAACAUAUCCAUUGUUUUCGAUCAUACAUCGCAUCUGCCAGAGGGAGCGGCCACCGCAUGAAAUUGUUGAGACCCUCCGUAACCAUCCGGACUUGUGCAAUUAUACCAUUACCAAUCUGCAGAAAGAUGAGUUUGCAAUAUUUAAUUCCAACUCGGAAAGUAUUCUCGAAAAUGUAGCCGACACAGUUCCCGAUUUCAGUACUGUUCCAGCAGAAAGCAGCAAAAAUCUUGAGAACUUAAAUGAGAAACACGUUCAUAGCUCUUCUAAGGACGAUGGCUUUUGGAAACCAUAUUUAGAUUAUUUUAAUGAUGAAAACAAUUCUGCAGAUAUGAGAAAUGUUGUUCGUAACUCUAAUACUAUGCCUGAAACUUGUCCAUCCAAGCCCGAUAAAAAAAGUAUGGAAUUUUCCUUUGAAAUGGGCUCAGCGAAGAACGAUCCGGAAAUUUGUCUUCAAAUAAGGGAAUCUCCAAUGCCACAAAAAAACCUCGAUCUCAUCGGCUCACAACACCCUGUGAAUGAAAUCGCAAGUGAUAGUAAAUUGUCUAACAUUGCGAAAGAUUCGCAAAGCACUCAGCUCACUAGGUUAGAAGCGGCGAAUACAGGUUCCGAUAAUGCAAGAGCUACUAACAUCCAACAUCAAGUUAGACCCAAAAUUGAUAAAUAUGCAGCGCUAAAGGUGCGAGUAAUGGGACGUAAAAAUUAUUCCAACAAGAAGUCCGCACCGGAGAAGACAACCAAAGCCAAAGCAGAAUCGAUUGAUAGUCAAAUUAGUAAUAACUCUGGAGAGCAGGCGAGGAAAUAUUCCGAUACGCCUAAGAAAUCUAAGAGUUCAUAUAAUAACCGUCGAUUUGAAGAUGAUCACCAAGAGGAGCCUCUUUUCGAUUUUAUGCGUAAAAAUAAAAUGGAAGAGGAGCUAAAUAAGUUAAAACAAUCUACGAUUAAGAACCAACUUAUAAGUGAAUAUAUGGUAAAUCGGAGAGAAAGUGCUCAAAAUAAAAACGAUGGAUUGGCAGAAUAUUCAGCGGAAAACAUCGUGGGAAAGAAGAGUUCACAUCCCGAAAGCUUCAAAUACGAUUAUAAAAUAAGUAUUAGUUCCAAAAAGGUUCCCAGCAGUAUGAAUUCCGUAGCUGUAAGCAAAGCUGAACUGGAUGGGCAGGAUAAUGUGAGCGAGAGCAACAUAAAUCCUUCUAAUUGGGAGCAACUGAGAAAGGGCAAAUUAGAGUUCGAUGAAAAGCUGCCCAAGUCGCUUUUGUUGAAGCCUAUAGCAUUUAGAAUUAACACUGGCGGUUCAAAAUCAAAAGUUAAUGUUGAGGUACGCAAAGCAGAUAAGGUAAAAGAUUCCAUUUUUUUGCCUGACGCCAAGACUGAAAAGCCGACAAGUCGUGUAAAUGCCAAUGAGUUGCCAAAUUUGAACCAUAGCGUUCAAGCCGAGCCGGCAGUUGAUAAUCAGCAACCACAAUACAUUGAUGAGAGAAACAGAAAGGAUGCUCUUCCGCAGAUAAGUAAGAGCGAGAAGCGUAUAUCUUCAAUGUCUCCUCGAUUGGCAAUCGAGGAGCUAAGGCAGCUGGACAUAUCGGAAGAAAAUGCCGUUGCUGUGAAACCCAAAGGUUCGCCUUAUUCAAGCCAACAACAAUCUAAUGAUAACAAAAAGGAUAAAAAUACGAGAUUAAUCAAAUUCAAUUAUGACGAGGGCAAAUCUGUUUCGCAAUCGGAGCUAAGGGAUACCAAACUCCUUAAGAAUUUGGAAGCGGAUGUGGAGAUGGUUAUUCUAGAUAACGAGAUACCCAAAGAAAUCGAGUUCAAAGACAAGUCGGUGAAACAAUAUCGCAAGGAUGAGAAGAUGGAAGAAGAAAGGGUUCAGAAGAAAAGAGAAUACAAUCAGAACGAUAACGAAUGUACAUCGAAAUCGAAAAAGGAACAAAAAACAAAUAAAAAGGUUGCGCAGGAUCUUUUGGAUGAACAAGUACAUCAAGAGUCGGAAGAAGCUAAGAAAUAUGCUCAAUAUUUGCAGGUCAGACGUAGAGAUCCUAUAAUUAAACGUCAUCAAAUGGACGAAGAUAAAAGCUUGCAUGCAUUCAAUUCAGAGGAUCCACGGUCCAAAUAUCUAGAAUACGAUGUGUUACCAGAUGACAGAGAGAAUAACAAACUUAAAGAGGAAAUUCAAUUUAAGAAGCAGACACAUGUACUCCCCAAGAAUAGAAUUCGUUCCAAUAGUAGGGUUCAAGAGAAAGCUGAAACAACGGCAAAGGUGGCUCCUGUUAAAACUGCAAAGCAUACAUCAGAAUGGGAUUGGUUGGUGGAUACUGAAAAAGUUGAUAACUUAGUCGAGGAGAAAGAACAGAAGAAUCAACACGAAGAUCCCUCCAAAUAUCCCCCCAAAUAUCCCCCCAGAUAUCACCAUUUGGUUGAUUUUAUUUCCAAAGAGGAGAUAAAUGUAAAUAAAGUUAAAGAAGCCAAGAAAUUAGAACGCAACCUUAAGCUGAAACAAAAAUUGAAUAAGAAAUCUGGCGCCCAGGUCGAGGAAUCGCAAGCUCAAUUCAAUGAAAUGCCUCGGGAAGGUGAGUUCAAGGUAUUGGAUAGACCCAAGUUUACAUUGCCGGCAAGCGCUUCACCGGUAAAUCCACAAUCGAGCGAUAAACGGCCAACCGAGUUCGGUUAUUCAGCACCGACAAACAAAACUAGUGAAUUAAAACAUGUGGAACUAUCCCAUCCGCCUCGCACAGAGAGGGGCCCAGAACAGGUUCCGACCGAUAAACAUUUAGAUGUUUCAAUCGAUUCCAAUCAAUUGAGUAAACGUGGGGCUAAAGCGCAGCAAAAACCAAUUUCGGAAAGAACCAUUCCCAAGCGAAUGGAGUCGCAACUCGGUAAAAUCAGCAAACGAUUAGCAAGUAUCAUGACCAAGGGCCAGAAGGACACAAUCAAUCAUAGAGAGCGACCCGUCGCCUAUGAGGGCAACGAUCCAUAUGGCACAGACGAAGUUGGGCAUACCAAGACUUCCUAUAGCAACAUUGGCGCACAGGAUAAUAGCAACAAAAAGAUUGCCGUCAAGCCAUUCCAUCCGCCGCUCAAUCCACGCGUUCGGAUACCGCGCCCGCCAUUCGAUGUGCGAGAUCAGGAAUACCACACUAUUAACUACCGACCUCAGGCUGAGCUGCAGCGCAACUCGAUGUUGCCACAGAUGCAGUUGUCGGUUGCAUCUCAGUCAAUACAUGCGAGCGCUAAUGUUACAAAGCUGCCCCGUCCCGUCUUAAAGCUACCUCCUUUUAUGAUGCGAUCGUCUGUAUUGGCCAUAGAACUAGGAUUUUUUGCCGCUUUACUGUCUCGCUAUAGAGGUGGCUGCAAGUAACCUUUGGCUAAUUACAUCAAAUUGGUUGAAUGAAUAACUCAAAAUUUAUACAGACAAAAUUUCUUUCUUGGCAAUAAAUCCGUUUAACGCAUAGUA